CCGAGUUAUCUCCUUUUCACCAGGUUCAGCUCCCUGCUCACUCUGAGGCAUCUGGCAGAGGCCCAGGUUGGAGAGAAGCCCCCGUGCUACUGAAUCCUCACUGUGUCAAAACCCUGUAAGUCAUUUCUGGUGAGGACUAUGUCCUUGUUUCCAUUUUUCCUUCUCCUGAGUGUGGUAACAACAUCGCAUGCAGAGGCUAUAGCUACAGGGGAUGUCAAGGAUACCUGCUCUGUGAUUGCCUGCGGUUCUCCAGGCCUGAAUGGCUUUCCAGGCAAAGAUGGACAUGAUGGUGCCAAGGGAGAAAAGGGAGAACCAGGUGAGGGGCUCAGAGGCUUACAGGGCCCUCCUGGAAAGGCGGGACCUCCAGGAUCCCCAGGGAUUCCUGGAUCACGAGGCGCAGUGGGUCCAAAAGGAGAUCGUGGAGAGACUGGAGAGUGUGAUACUGGCAUGUUGAACUCAGAAAUAGCAGCUCUGCGAUCAGAACUGAACAUCAUCAAAAAGUGGCUGUUCUUCACUCUGGUUGAAGAAGUUGAGAAGAAGUUCUUUGUGAGCAGUGGUAGAAAGAUGAGCUUUAAUGCAGUGAAGUCUCUGUGCUCCCAAUUCCAGGCCUCUGUGGCCACCCCCAGGAAUGCUGAGGAGAAUACGGCCAUCCAGAAUGUGGCCAAAGAUGUUGCCUUCUUGGGCAUCACAGAUGAGGAGAAUGAAGGCCAGUUUGUGGAUAUUACAGGAAACAAAAUCAGCUAUAGUAACUGGAAUAGUGGUGAGCCCAACAACGCUAACUCCCAGGAAAACUGUGUGGUGCUCUUGUUAGAUGGUACAUGGAACGACAUUGCCUGUUCCAACUCCUUUGUGGCAGUCUGUGAAUUCGCUAACUGAGGGGAUAUGUCCCUUGGCCCCCCUGAAUCCUUCACUGCACUUCACAGGUCCACAAUCUUCUUUGAAACAUACAACAUAUAUCUAUUUUUUUCUUACUCAGUAUUGAGUUGUUCCUUUGUGGACAGUUAGAGAGCCUGAGAAGAAAGGGUCAAAUGACGGGAUGAAGUGAGAAGCUGACAGCAGUGAGUGAGGGUUUCUAGUUCAAAUUGAAUCACUAAUAAUAAUCAAUACCCACAUAGAGCAAUAGCAGCAAUGGUAGUAAUUAUAUAGUUUUAAGGCUUUCCAUUAGCUAGAGCCUACACUUUGCAUCUUGUAAUAGUUCUCUAAUUUAAUUAAGCUAUAAUGCUCACAUCUUUAAAUUUCUUUAUUUUUUUAUUUAUUUUUUCCUGAGGUAG